UGGCUGUCAUGGGACGAGGGAAAAAGUCCGUCUGUACCAAUGAGAUCCCGGUGAACUUGCUGAUUUCACCAUCACGUGCAGCGGCGGGACGGAAAGGGGCGUCCACCCGGGAGAGAAGCGGGGUGGGGGCCGGAGGGCUGGGCGCGUGGGACGCAGGCGCCUUGAGCACCCGGUAGCGGCGGCGGCGGAGACACCGGCGGAGGGAACCGGGUCCCGAACCCGAGCAGGCAGCGGCGGCCAUGGCGGCAGACGGAGAGCGCUCUCCAUUGCUCUCCGAGCCCAACGACAGCGGCGCCAGCGGCAACGGGCUGGUGGGGCCCGGCGGGGGCGGGGCCGGCUCCGGGGGAGGCCUGGUUCCCUCAGCGCCGCCGUACGGAUCCGGGAAACAUGCCCCUCCUCAGGCGUUCCCUCCAUUCCAGGAGGGGCACCCGGCUGUGUUGCCCGGGGAGGACCCACCGCCAUACUCACCCCUGACCAGUCCAGACAGCGGCAGUGCCCCUAUGAUCACAUGCCGAGUCUGCAAUUCUCCUAUCAAUGUGGAAGGCAAGAUGCACCAACAUGUUGUUAAAUGUGGUGACUGCAACGAAGCCACACCAAUCAAGAAUGCUCCACCUGGGAAGAAGUAUGUUCGAUGCCCAUGUAACUGUCUCCUCAUCUGCAAAGUGACUUCCCAACGGAUUGCCUGCCCUCGGCCCACCUGUAAAAGAAUCAUCAAUCUGGGUCCAGUACACCCGGGACCCCUGAGUCCAGAACCACAGCCUGUAGGUGUCAGCGUCAACUGUGGCCAUUGCAAGAAUACCUUUCUGUGGACGGAGUUUACAGGUCGAACCUUGGCACGUUGCCCCCACUGCAAGAAAGUUUCAUCCAUUGGGCGAAGGUAUCCCAGGAAGAGAUGCAUUUGCUGCUUCCUACUUGGGCUACUAUUGGCUGUUACAGCCACAGGCUUAGCAUUUGGCACAUGGAAGCAUGCCCGACAGUAUGGGGGUAUUUAUGCAGCUUGGGCAUUUGUCAUCCUUCUGGCUGUGCUCUGUCUAGGCCGGGCUCUCUACUGGGCUUGUAUGAAGGUCAGCCACCCUGUCCAGAACUAUUCUUGAGCCCCAAGAUGACCCACUAACUGUGCCUGGCCCCUCUCUAGAAGGACAGUGACACUACAGAGGGGAAUGGGAAUGUCCCCAUGGCUUCCAUAAGAGGAGCCAGGCUGUUGUCCUCCUCUUCUAUAGGGGAAAGAGAUGGGAAGGAUCUGGGCCCUCAAAGACAAACAAGAUUGGAAGGGUGUGGGUGGGCCGCUGCUGGCUGUUCAGGACCUUCUGAGGGCUGCCUGUGCUUGGGGUGGAGUGGGAGAUAAAAUAUCCUUACCCCAAGUUCUGAAAAAUGGUUAUAGCUCUUUUUCCUUCCUCCAUCCUUUCCUAAGGGGGCAUUCCUGUCCCUCAAACAUUCCAGGGCAGGGUAGGGGUAGGCAGCCCUGGGAGUUUCCCUCCCUUUUGCACCCCCAGGACCUUGCUGCUGCUAUUGCACUUCACCAGGGGGUAACUCCAAUUUGGCUGCCCUCUUGGCCUCCUCUCCCCACCCCUUUCCAUGCCCUGUGGGGGUGGGGUCAGCCGCUGCUCUGUACAGUACCACGGGAACCGAUGUGUAUAUAGCUAUUUAAUGUGGGGUAUGUUCCCCAACCUGUGUUCCCUCUCCCCAAGUCCUUCCUUUCUUACCGGUUGUGGCCGGUUUGCCUGUCUUUGGGGAUCAGGGGCUAAUCCUGUGCUUGUAAAUAAAUGAAGUUGUGACUACCUUA